GAGACUGGUGAGUUUCAUGGCGAUGGAUUUUGAAUUUCUACCCGUUACUCUACUUUGAGCUUUUUGAGGUUCUUGGCAAUGGCGACUGCUGCAUUGGCAAGGUGUUUGGGGGAUGCCGUCAAGAAGGCAGGAGCUAACAAAGGGCCGGGAUGGUUCACUACUCACAUGGCUGCAGCCUCUCGCGCUAUUCUGGAGCGGAUUCCUUUGGUCGAUUUUACCCUAGAAGUCAGAGAUGCAAGGAUUCCGAUUUCAUCAGCAUAUGAAGACCUGAGGGACUUUUCAUCGUCCUCAACGCGUAUCAUAGUGUUGAACAAGAUGGACCUGGCUGAUCGCUUGCAAACACAGGAGUGGUUGAAGCAUUUUGGGGAACAAAACUGCAUUUGCUAUGGAAUCAAUUCUCAUAACAAGGAUAAUAUAAAAGAGUUUCUGAACUUUCUACAAGCUCGAGUCAGAGAAUUGAACAAGCUUGGUCAGCCUAAACAUACCAUAACUAUGAUGCUGGUUGGAAUUCCCAAUGUUGGUAAGUCAGCUCUUGCCAACUCUCUCCAUCAAAUUGGGAGGAUCAGUGCUGCAGAGAAGGGAAGGCUGAAGCGUACAAUAGUGAGUCCAGUGCCAGGGGAGACAAAAGACAUCAGCAGUUUAAAGAUUGCAAGUCAUCCCAACAUUUAUAUCUUGGACACACCGGGUGUGUUGCCUCCUGAGAUUCUUGAUGCUGAAGUUGGUGCUAAACUAGCUUUAACUGGAGCUAUUAAGGAUUGUUUGGUUGAGGAACAAGAACUUGCUCAGUAUUUCCUAGCUAUUUUUAACUCAAGUGAUGUGUACAAGCAGUGGAAGAACUUGCCUAGUGAGGAGAAUGACAGAUCAUCUGAAGACCACAAAGUGAAGCUCUUAGGAACCCCUGAGGCAGACAUAAGGAGACGCAAGCAAUAUCCCACCGAUCACACACAGGAUUGUGUUGUACGGUCUGUUCGGAGAACCCUUUUUGAGACAGUAUCCUCAUUCAAGGGUAACCUGGAAAAUGAAGAGGAGAUGGGCGAGCUGAUUGAGGCUCAGUUUGUGGCCUUGCGGGAAGUUUUUCAUGUGCCUUUGGGAUCAGAUGAAGAUGGAAUAUAUAAAGUUGCAAUGAAGCUACUCAAUCUGUAUCGAACUGGUAGACUUGGUCAUUAUACUUUGGAUGCUAUUCUGAGGAAUUCUCACUAGCUUAUUUUCCAUAUGGUUAUAAAUUGUAAUGGUUCCUGUGCAGAAAGAAGAAAAAAUAAUUCUCCUCAAAAUAUGAAUUCUAAAAUUUAUAUGACUUCGUGAAAAAUCAAUUUGAAAAAUAAUUCAAGUUUAUGUGUUUGAUCAAUUGUGAAUUAACUAACCUACAAUUUGAUAAAUAUGGAUUAUGUCGUACGAUACAUUGAUAUAUAAGACCAGGAUCCUAUCAAUAAUUUAAGACAACAAGAUUGAUGCACUUCAAUUA